AUGGAGUCUCCACCUGCAUCAUUCGACACUCGUCACCUCUCUGACGUGUCAGUUGCAAGACCUGACAGCCCAUUAAAGUGCCUUAGUGACAGUUCCACAGAAUCUCAGCAAUGCAGCGCUGAUCCGAAUGCUUUUUUAGGGUUUUACGUGCCUUCUAAGACAAAAAACAUGGACGUACGACUUUUGAGCGAUUCCGAGCAACAACAAUCGAAAAAAGAGACAUUAAAGCUCGUACUGGACCUGGAAGUGACAACCGACGAUGUUGCAAGAGAAAUGGAUGAUAUUCAAGCUGUUACGGACUCUACAAGUGACAAUUUAUUCAAUACCCUAUUUACUGGAGAUCCUCCAGACAAUGACAAUGGAAUAAAGUCCGUCACUUUAAUGGCUGAGACUAAAAAACACCUGGCAACAAAAGAUCAAGUUUCAGAGGUAUGGACCAUUCGAACCGACCAGGAGAAAAAACGGUCUCUAAAUUCUCCUCGAAGUAUGUUCAAGUCUAUGGAUAAUGCAUGGAAAGCUCGUAAAAAGCAGAAAAGGGUGAAUAAAUAUGAGACUACACAAGUUCAAGAGGAUGGAAAAAAGGAGAAAUUACGUGAUACGGAUGAAGUGAUACGUGCGUUUUCGAAAAAUCGUGAGGAAUUGGUAUCAAGUGAUUUUCAGACUGCGUACACGUCGUCGACGUGCUUGAUGAAUGAUGUAACUGUCAAUGAAGUGGAGAAGAAGAGGUGGAUGUUGGAACAUGAGGAGAAAAUUGACAAGAGCGUUAUUACUGAAGACAGUGAUCGAGAGACGGAUUAUGAAGAUGAGCUGGAGUGCACACAGCCACUUAUUGAAGAAACCUUUUAUGCAGAUGAGACUUGCAACUAUGAAGGACGUGACGAUGCGGACACGGAAGUGUACCCAUCCUCUGAAAAUGACACUAUAUUGUACGGUGCAGACUGUGUCUUAGAAGAAGAUCGAAAGCAUGAAAAGACCAGCAGUGAGCGCACAGAUGCUGCAAACGUUGAUUACAGUCGAGAAAAACACUCGGUUGUUGUACCGACAUCAGGUCGAACGAAUCCGCAGCGGAGUGGUGAGGACGAAGUGACGAGCCGUGAAGGAUCACAAGGGACACAGCAGGAUUAUUUGACACCGAGGGUCAGCCCUUGCCGGGUUGGACAGUCGGAUCGAAGUGAAGUGAAUGACGAGUUGAUCACUAUCGUUGAUCCGAAAGACAAUGUGGAGCAGAUUACGAAGACGAGUCAAAGUGAUGACGAUCAAGAUGAAUGUGUGCCUACUCAGCCUAGUAAGCUUUGGACAGAGGACGAGUGUGUGGUAAAGCCGAAGUCUCUUUCGAAACAAAAUAGAAAAGAGAGUGAUGAACUUUUGGCGAGAAGUCAGACACAUGUGACCGAUUCUCAGAGUAAAUCUAUUCGAAGCCUUGAGUUUUUUUCCAUUGUACCCGAGUCACAGGAAGGUGAGCCUUACUCCAGUGCAAUUCUUUCCGGUAACAGUACACGUGCGGCAAAGAGGCUUGACGCCUUCACUGGAAGUAACAGGCAAAGCCCUAUUGAUUCGUCCAUGAGACCCGUGUGUCUGCCUACUUCAACGCCAACACAACAAUCAGAUGACGAUAUCACUGCCCCUGAAGUUGCCAUUGACAAUCAAACGAGUCCUAAAAGCAGAACUAUGUCCUCGUUGCAGCCUGAUUUGCCAUCAAACAAGAAGAAACCGAAAACUAUAUCCCAAAUCAGUGAUUUGCAGUGCCAAACCGUCUCCACCCCGAUAGCCAAAAAACGUAAUAAUGACGCUAUUUCUCCGGACAACAAUACAUCUUCGCAACGAUCUAACGGAAGCAGCUCCCAGACCCCGCGACAUCGUGUGCGACGGAACUCUCGAUCCGCUCAAUCAACACCCUCAUCGACACCAACAGCUCGAACACGAAUAUGGACGUUAACACCAGUGCCAUCACAGCGUACAUACGUUUCAAGAUCUCGGACUCUCUUUAAGUACAAAUUCGAGUUUUGUUUGACCGGCUUUGUGAAGAAUGGUGAAAAAAAUCUGAAAGAACUGAUUGAAGGACAUGGAGGUAAAAUCCCAGAGCGCUACCAGGACGUGCUGUUUAAAGCUAACCAAAAGGCUGUAGUAAUCGCGACACUUAUAUCGUGGCGGAAGCGCAAGUUUAUGCAAGCUGUUGCGUGUGGGAUCCCUGUUGUCCAUACUGAUUGGAUCAAGGAUUGCAUUGAAGCAGGGCAUGUGAUACCUUUCGAUGGGUAUCGAGUUCCAAUAGGCUACUCUGUCACUACUCGGAAAUUCGAGUGUUUUCCUCCAAAAGAGCUACGAAUUUUUGAAGGCCUCUCCUUUGGUAUCGCUAGUGAUGUAGCUCAAAUGUCUAAAUCAGAGACAAAGGACAAGGCAAAGUUGAUGGCAUUUAUCUUGAAGGCUUGUGGUGCAGAAGCUGUGUACGAGAAUUUGUCAACUAGGGAUAGUAUCAACGUGGAUGUGAUGCUGUGUGAUGAGUACACACCGACGUGUCGGUACUAUAAGACAAUGCGACACAUCCCCGUUAAAGGCUUUCAAUGGGUGACUGAGUGUAUGAUCCUUCAGCAACUUCUGGACCCAGAAGAACCAGGCUUUGAACCACUGCGGGUUGGUAGUGAAGACGUAUUCGCGGCAAGCGCCGAGAUUGGUGACAGUGACAAUACCACACUAAAGCUGUAUAAAGGGGAGCUCGUGAUGGCAGAUAUUGCCGGCAGCAUAGCCGAUCACUAUCUUCUGUUUAAUGUCUGCGAGAUUCUUAGCAUCCACAUGAGUGGUCGCAAGGAUGGAGACUCGCAAUCCAAACGAAAAGAUUGCAAAGAAAGCCGAGUUAUACUUCGUGUGGGCAUACUGAAACGUGAGCCUUACAAUCCGGAGCUUUCAAAGCCUUUUGUGAAAGUGCUUGAUAUAUCAUCGUUCCAAGUGAAGAGGAGGUAUGACAAUGGAAGCUGGAGAACAUUAUUGCAGAACUUACACUUCUUGCUGGACAACGAGACGGAGGGAGAGGCACUCACGUGGUGUGGCAAUGGCUCACAUUGUCCCAUUCAACGGACACGAGAAGUUCGACUCGCGAAACAACUGGGACUCCGAGUCUGUUCGCUUCAUCAGGUGCUCGAGACGCUCAAUUUUGAGUGUCAGGAAGCAGAUCACUGGAACUUUACAAUUUAUCGUCACGAUUGCUUUGUUCUCGGAAGACCGGAAAAGAUUGAGCAAAUACCAAGUCAUAACAUGCCUCUAUUCAGCACGGACAAAGACGUUGUAAUGCCAAGUGUCGCCUACAGCUCGUCAUUGAAGCCACUGGAGGUAAGACUGAGUCUCUCUGACACACGCUCACAGUCGUGGGAGGUCACUAUUGCACCCAGUGUGUUGCCCCAUCCAACGUUUGAUGCCACAGACGUUUCCUGUUAUCACGAGAGUAGCAGCACUGAAAAUUCAUGGGGCGACAUGUUCGACGAGUCAGACCAGGGAAGCGACCACGACAUGAAUUCGCCAUUGUGGUGGUCACAACGAAGCGACUUUUCCAGUAUUUGCACGGACGAUCUGUCAGACAUGGACACGCUUUCUCAAAUUAGCACGUAUUACACGUAG